GCUAUUUUUUUUCCGGUUGCUGAUUCCUCCCGGCCCCUCCCUGCCUGGGCCCUGCGCCCCCUGCGGGGCCCUCGCCGCCGGGCCAGCCGCCACCAUGAAGAAAUUCUUCCAGGAUGUCAAGGCCGACAUCAAGUUCAAGAGCGCGGGGCCCGGUCAGAAGCUCACAGAGUCCGUGAGGGAGAAGGCCCCCAAAGAAAAGCCCAGCCAGCCUGCCCUCGGGCAGCCCCGGCAGGGACCCACCGAUGAGGCGCAGAUGGCUGCUGCAGCAGCCCUGGCCCGGCUGGAGCAGAAGCAGCCCAGGGCUCGGGGCCCCACGUCGCAGGACUCCAUCCGGAACCAGGUGAGAAAGGAGCUGCAGGCUGAAGCGACUGUCAGCGGAAGCCCGGAUGUCCCCAGCAUCAACAUGGUAACUGAGCCCAAAGAGGAAGGCUCAACCCACCUGGCUGUACCCGGCGUGUAUUUCACUUGCCCACUCACAGGGGCCACUCUGAGGAAGGACCAACGGGAUGCCUGCAUCAAAGAGGCCAUUCUCUCGCACUUUUCCACGGACCCAGUGGCCGCCUCCAUCAUGAAGAUCCACACGUUCAACAAAGACCGGGACAGGGUGAAGCUGGGCGUGGACACCAUCGCCAAGUACCUGGACAACAUCCACCUGCAUCCCGAGGAAGAGAAGUACCGGAAGAUCAAGCUGCAGAACAAGGUGUUCCAGGAGCGCAUUAACUGCCUGGAAGGCACCCACGAGUUUUUUGAGGCCAUUGGGUUCCAGAAAAUGAUGCUUCCAGUUCCUGAUCAGGAGGGUGCUGAGGAGUUCUACGUGCUGAGCGAGGCCAUCCUGGCCCAGCCCCAGAGCCUGGAGAGGCACAAGGAGCAGCUACUCAGCGCCGAGCCUGUGCGGGCCAAGCUGGACAGGCAGCGCCGGGUCUUUAGGCCCUCGCCCCUGGCCUCACAGUUCGAUCUGCCCGUGGACUUCUUCAGCCUCACGGCGGAGGAGAUCAAGCGGGAGCAGAGGCUCAGGUCUGACGCCGUGGAGCGGCUGAGCGUGCUGCGCACCAAGGCCAUGCGAGAAAAGGAGGAGCAGAGGGAGCUGCGCAAGUACACCUACACGCUGCUGCGUGUGCGCCUCCCCAACGGCUGCCUGCUGCAGGGGACCUUCUAUGCACGGGAGCGGCUGGCGGCACUCUAUGGGUUCGUCCGGGAGGCUUUGGAGAACGAUUGGCUGCCUUUUGAGCUUCUGGCUUCCGGAGGGCAGAAGUUGUCGGAGGACGAGAACCUGGCCUUGAACGAGUGCGGGCUGGUGCCCUCAGCCCUCCUGACUUUCUCGUGGGACAUAGCCGUGCUAGAGGACAUCAAGGCUGCAGGGGCUGAGCCAGACUCGUCAAUCCUGAAACCCGAGCUCCUGUCAGCCAUUGAGAUGCUCUCGUGAAAUAAAAGCAGGGUUGGCUUCAGCCCUGUGGGUCUGUUUUAUGCUCUCCCCUCCCUGUCCCCCACCUCUGGAGCCUCCGAGGCACCUGGAAACACUCACCUAUCUUCUGGGGCCCCGAGGGGCACUAGCUGGCUGAGGACACUGUGGAGCUGGGCCUGUGCCCACCCUGGGAGAGCCCAGGGGCAGCACCAACCCAAGCCCUCUGCAGCUGCUCUUAACCAUUUUCACAAAGCCCCUGGGGCAGACAGAUGUGGGUGGCUCCCUGGGCAGGAGAGCUGGUCUGUAGCGUGGGCCUAGCUCCGGCAGGCUCUGGACAGAGGUGGCCACGUCCAGUGCUGUGAGGCUGCUUAGGGGGGAGCUGGUGACAUUGGCAGGUGGGGGAGAUGCUUGCCUGUCAGCACAUGUAUCUGCAAUGAUUUAAGUUAUGACCCAAAUAAAUAGGAUAUUUGAA